AUGCCGCCGAGAUCUAGAGUUUGCGAUUCGGAUAUUAUACAAAAAGAACUGAAGAAUCUUAAAUAUUUCAAAAGCCUGACAGGUAUUGUGCAGCCAGCUGGUAUUUUGCCCUCCCAAAAUGUCCAAGAAAUGGUUGUCGGCAGUAUUUGGUUAGAAUACUAUAGCGGCGGUUCCUUACAGUGUGUUCUGAAUGAACAGCGUGUGAAGGAAUUCGGCUGGGAGCGAUGGAUCGUCCGAAUUGGUAAUGCGUUCAGUUUUAUUCAUUGCGCAAAGAAAACUCAUAUGGAUCUAAAGCCUUCAAAUAUCGUUCUCGAUGAUAAUGCUUGUCGAUUGAAUGGUAUUUGGGCCUACGGAAAGAUUUUGACUGAAAUUGUGUCGAGCGCUGGGGACAGUCCCUUCGCGAGAACUCCUAAGUGGGUUGCGAGCCAUUUAACUAAAGAGGAUAUCCGCACCCAGUGGACUCUGUCUAAAGGAAUAUCUCAGUUGAAACUUAGUCAAUAUGUUGUUUAG